UAUAAAGCAGCAAAGCCCAGUGAGAGCCAAGCCACAGAGAUAGAAGGGGAAGCAAAGGAACCAUCUAACCUGCCAGGAUAAUUAGCCACACUAUUCGUAUCAAAAUGGAGGACUACAACGUUACGUAUGCGACUACCUAUUUUUCAGACACGGCUAAUAGCACAACGCCUUAUUAUGAUCAUCAGGAAGACCCACAAACCCAACUCAGUAGAAAGAUUAUGCAUAUCUUCUCCAUGUUGGUAUAUUCUGUGGCCUUCUUACUUGGGACUACUGGGAAUGGCCUUGUCAUCUGGAUUGCAGGCUUCAAGAUGAAGAAGACGGUCAACAUCGUAUGGUUCGUUAAUCUGGCCAUUGCUGACUUCAUCUUCACGCUUUUCCUUCCGCUCAGCGUUGCCUACAUUGCCCUUGGAUUCCACUGGCCCUUUGGCACAUUUAUUUGCAAGUUAAACAGUAGCGUGGCAUUCAUCAACCUGUUUGCCAGCGUCUUCCUACUCACCGUUAUCAGUAUUGACCGUUGUAUCUCAGUAAUUUUUCCAGUCUGGUCCCAGAACCAUAGGACACCCCGUCUGGCCUCCUUGGUAGCUUUGGCUGUGUGGUUCCUUGCGGUGUGUUUCAGUUUGCCUUAUUUUAUUAUUAGGGACACAUUUGAGGAUGGUAAUUACACCUCGUGCUACAAUAACUUUGGUUAUGAUGAGUAUGAUGAGCUGACUGAUCUGGGAAUACAAAGAUUCAAGGCAACUGUGAUAACAAGAUUCAUUGUAGGCUUUUUCAUUCCUUUCUCAGUCAUCAUCUUCUGCUACACGGUGAUUGCACUAAAACUCCAAAGGAAUCGCUUGUCUACAUCUUCUAAGCCAUUCAAAAUUAUUAUAGCCGUGCUGAUCUCAUUCUUCGUCUGCUGGUUUCCCUACCACGUCUUCUCAUUCCUGGAACUUUCUCAAUUCACUAACCCCAAUGUUAAUUACGGAAAUGUGUUGCUUAUCGGAAUACCCAUCACCUCCAGCGUGGCGUUUCUCAACAGCUGUGUCAACCCUUUCCUGUAUGUCUUCAUGGGCAGAGACUUCAAGAAUAAAUUCAUGACUUCUAUACAGUCUGUUUUCGAGAAGGCCUUCAGUGAGGACGCGGUCCACACCGACGCCAAAUAUACGAAGUCAACAAAGUCAACUUCUGAAUCAAACUUGGUCUGAAAAAUGAUAAAGUAUUAUAAAGUUUCCCUUUACUGUAAUACUAUAAUACUAUGAUAUUGUUACCAAAGACUUAAAGAGAUACACCACCAUUUUUUUUUUAUGUCUGUAUAACUUUGUGAGACAAACGUAAUGCUGUGUACUCAAAAGCAACCCAAUGUAUAUGAAAUUUGAUAUGGUUUAGAAUACCAGGCUUUUUUCUACUGCUCUGCAUUUCUUACUUCUACCAAUCUCCAUCUUAAUCUUAAUAACAAGGCCUCUCCCUUUUAUAUUUGAUAUCAUUUCCAUAUCACUGACACACAAGACUUUCAACAAUAUUAGAAAGAAAGACUGAACAACUGUUGUUAGACAAGUACUAUAUAAAAAGAUCUGAUUUAUGAUGUGGAAGGCAUGGUGCAAAGUGCAAAAAAUGUGUGCAAUGAUAUCUUUUUGCACUUUGCACGCUGCCUUCCAUUUUAACUGAAUUGUUGCAGGUCUCUGUACUACCUUUCCAAGCAGAGGCCUGUUAGGUGCUUUUGUGGGAGACGAUCAUCUUUACAGACGGGCAUGGGUCGCCCUUGUGCAGCUAUAUUAAGCAGAUUUCAGUCCAAAAAUGUAGGCAUUCAUGGUUUUAUCUCCACCAUAUGUGCCCCUACCCUUAGUGCUUGUACUUCUGCCUGGGGUCUUUGUAAAUGACCCCUAAAGUAUCAGGAUUUUGUAAAUACUGUAAAUUAUGAGCUAAUUACAAAUUAAAAAAUAAAUCUGGCCGAUGGCCAUUUUAUAUAA